AUGUUUAGCUCGCUCGGGUUGUUUAGCGGAGUUUCUUGUCCCCAUAAUGGCCAAUGCACCGUUUCGAAUUUCGCCGAUUCCAAAGAGACUGCAAAUGCACAGCCUGGAAAUACAGACGAACCUAUUAGGAAGAGGCAGCGUUUAUAUGAUGAUGGACAGCCCCUGGGUGGGCCUUCUAUCCACGAAGUUGACAAUAUUGUGGCCGCUCGUAACUCUACCCCAGUCGCGGAAUGGUCAAAGUCCUCGCCUUCUCGGACUAAGGGUAGCCUUGACUCAUUAGGAAGACGAGUAUCCCCUCCUCCAAUCAGCCGUAUUACUACCCGUGCAAAAGCUGUAGGACCUGUGGAAGAGGGCCAUGUUAAAGGGACCUUGGAGACCUCAGCCGCCUUGCAAAAGAGACAAAUAAAGAAAGAGUCUCUCAAUCCAAGACACUUGUCUAAACCUCCGGCAACGCAUGUAAUUCGCAUGUCAAUCCUGGUCAAACUGCAUAGCGCAAUGGUCCGCCUCAACGAAGAUAUGAAGAAAUCCGUUGACACAUCGAAAAAAGGCAUGAUUCUCUCUGCUGAUGAAUUGGUUACGAUGGCCUUGGACGAAGAGGAAAAAAUUGCGAAAGACAGCAGGAAUGGCAAGAGACUGUCACGGCUUUUCCUUCGACCAGAAGAUCCAUCAAAAAUUAUAAAGCGGGAGGCCUCGCCACAAAAACCCUUAUCAACAGGGCUAACGGCCGAAGAGGAGAAACUAGUCUUAUCAACACUUUAUGCUUCUACUAGCGAUUUGAAAGAACUUGAAUACGUCAUGACUCCUCCAUCAAUGGACGAAGUGGCUAGUGCAAAGCGUGGAAUCGAGGCUUCACAGGGGUGGGAGAAAUGUGAUCGUUGUAACGGAAGGUUUCAAGUCUUCCCCGGCAGGAGGUCUGACGGUGCCUUAACAUCCUCGGGCCCUUGUGUCUAUCACUAUGCAAGGCCGAUUCGACCACCUAAGCAGAAAACAGAACAUAUAGUGGGGCAGAAGGAGUUUUUCUACCCUUGCUGUAAAGAAGCUGUUGGCACAUCUACGGGAUGCACUAGGGUGGAUUCCCACGUUUUCAAAGUCACCGAUAUGAAGCGAUUGGCGGCCACGAUGCAAUUUGAGCAAACACCGCGGCAACCAGAACAACAAGCUUUGCCACCAGUCUGUGUUGACUGCGAAAUGGGGUAUACCACACUAGGACUUGAAAUGAUUCGCCUAACAGCAAUAACCUGGCCAGAGGGUAAAGUGCUCGUUGAUGUUCUGGUGAGACCGAUAGGAGAGAUAUUGGACCUUAAUACUCGGUAUUCUGGUAUUCGACCAGAACAGUUUGCCAAAGCUACACCUUAUAAGGCAAAGCAAAAACCCACUACUACAGGGAAUACGCAUGAUUCAGAACCGACUCUGAACCUCGAAAUGGUUGACUCUCCUGCAGCCGCAAGGGAGUUGCUUUUCCAGCAUCUCCAACCAGAGACACCUCUCCUUGGCCAUGCGUUGGACAAUGAUCUUAAUGUCUGUCGUAUCGUCCACCCUACUAUAGUUGAUACCGUGUUGUUAUAUCCACACCCAGCAGGUCUGCCAAUGCGGAACGGUCUUCGUGCUCUUACAAAGAAGUAUCUUGGACGAGAUAUACAAACUGGCGGGGGUACUGAGGGGCAUGACUCUAUAGAAGACACAAAAGCUACUGGAGACCUAGUAAGGCACAAAGUAGGUGAGAAGUGGAAAGUUAUGAAACGGUCAGGUUGGGCUAUUCGAGAUGGUAAAUUAGUGAACCCGGCGGGUAACGAGGCGACCGAAAGGCCUAAGACUCCAGACACUAGCCUCGGCCUGAAGAGAAAGACCAUGGAUAGCACCUAG